AAUCAUAUCCAGUUCAUUUCAACUUUAUGCUCUGAAUCUUUGCUUUGUUGUGUUUCCUUUUAAUAAUUGUUUCUUACAUUAUCCAAAACUUGCAUUUUUUGGAAAAAUUUUUUUGCAUUGUUUUGGCCAGCUAAUCCAUUAACCACCACUUCUAUCAAGGCGAUGCCUUGUUUUUCCAAAUUUUCAUUGCCAUCUGGUUUCUUUGUCGAUUUCAGAAGAAGCUGAUCAAGCCCCUCCUUUUCUUUUCUUUUUCGUUGAGAUUCCUUUAAUAUAAAAGGGGAUUUUCUUUGGCUAUGAUGAGAUUAUAGCAGCGAUUCAUGUAAUUUCUGUUUCCAUUGUUUGGAGGAUGGAGAUGCCUAUCAGUCACAAGAAUUCUGAAGGUUUGGUUCCUUGCCUACACGAUCUCUUACAUUCAGACAAACAGAGUUGCAGCAGCAGUAAAGAGGAACAAAAUUUGUCUGGAUCGCCUCCUUGUCCAGAUGAUCUCUUACAUUCAAACAAACAAAGUGACAGCAGUGGAAGAGAUCGACACAAAUCUUCUGGAUCGGCUUCUUGGCUCGAUAAUCUUUUAAAUUCAGAUGAACAAAGUUGCAGCAGCAAAAAAGAUCAACGGAAACAUUCUGAUGAUCUCUUACAUUCUGGCAGAAGAAGUUGCCGCAGCAGUAGAGAUCCACAGAAAUCUUCUGGUCCACAACAAAGACUGGAGCAAUUGCUAAGUCAAUCAGGGAACAAGAUUUGUGCUGAUUGUGGAUCUCCAGAUCCAAAAUGGGUGUCAAUAAGUUUUGGAGUUUUUAUUUGUAUCAAGUGUUCAGGCGUUCAUAGAAGCCUCGGGGUGCAUCUAACGAAGGUUCUAUCAAUCAAAUUAGAUGAAUGGACAGAUGAACAAGUGAACACUCUGAUAGAUUUGGGUGGCAAUACUGCUGCAAACAAGAAAUAUGAAGCUUUUAUUCCUGAUGAUUAUCAAAAACCAAAAUCAGAUGCCUCAAUAGAGGAGCGAUCUGAUUUUAUUAGGAGAAAAUAUGAGCAGAAGCAAUUUUCAAACUGUGAUGGACAAAUGUCCUGCCCAUUUCCGGGUCCUAGAAGUACAUUAUCCUCUAGUUGUUCAAGUCAUUGUUCACCCCAAGAUAAGAAACAGUAUGAAAAACAAGCAACCAGGCAUCGUAUUGGGAAUGCAUUUCGUAACAGCUGGGGAAGAAAAGACACUGAGUACAAGAACAAUAAAAAGAGCAACUCUUUGGCAGCUAUGGUUGAAUUUGUUGGAUUAAUCAAGGUUAAUGUAGUCAAAGGAACCAACCUAGCUGUCCGGGAUGUGUUGACUAGUGACCCAUAUGUUGUCCUUACAUUGGGCCAGCAAUCAGUGAGGACUCGCGUCAUAAAGAACAAUUUGAAUCCAAUCUGGAAUGAAAGUCUAAUGUUGUCAAUUCCAGAACAGAUUCCUCCUCUAAAAGUGCUUGUUUACGACAAGGAUAAAUUCACAACUGAUGACUUCAUGGGUGAGGCUGAGAUAGACAUUCAACCACUUGUUUCUGCUGCCAAAGCUUAUGAGAAUUCAACCAUCACCGAGUCGAUGCAGCUUGGUAAAUGGAUAGCAGGCCAGGAUAACACCCUUGUUAAAGAUGGCAUUAUCUCACUAGCAGACGGAAAGGUAAAACAAGAAAUCAGUCUCAAGCUAAAGAACGUUGAGAGAGGGGUGCUGGAGAUUGAGCUUGAAUGUGUUCCUCUCACUCAAUAGUUACAUAGAGAGUACGGAACUUCAAACAUUGUGAUGCCAUAUUUUAAACCGGUUUUGAGUGGUGAACUCGCAAUGGAAAAACCUCUUAGCCUGCUGUUGUUGUAAUAAGCUGUUUUAGCCAUUGUUUCAUUACGAAUAUACAGGGAUUGUUAGGAUUUUCAUUAACGAAUUGUAUAUAGUUUGUUUGCUUUAA